AUGCCUCAUUGGCCAAGCUACUCAGGCCAAUGGGAUUCACAAAGUCACGGAGAAGGUGACCCAUCAAGCUACCUACCGCCGCAUCAGCCGGCCCUGCAGACUAUGGAAUCAACGAGCCACAGCUUCGGUCAGCCCUUGGGCAAUGAUUCCGGAAUGCCCCACGCGCCGAGUGCCCAUAACUAUCAUGAUUAUACCUACUCGCAGGAGCCCACACGUGGGAGCCAGGUCCAGCCCGGUAUCAUAGCGCCCGAUGGUUCUCACUUGCAAGAUCCCGCGGGCAGCUACGUGAGCCUACAAUCUCAGUUACAGCUUUCUACAGGUAGCACGUUCAAUCAGCAGCCUCUCGCGGCCAACCAGUCCGAGUAUCAUGUUUCUUCCAACGUUGUCGAUAACGUUCACCAUGGACCAGCUCCUACUGGCACACUCCUUUAUCCGACUUCUUGCGACUCGAGCACGAGUCAAGUGGCUUUUUCCCACUACGGCUAUCACAAUCCUUCUGCAACUGGUGGCCAGCAUCAGCCUGAAGUUUCUGAUCUCCGGCCAGCGGAUGAUACAUCUGCCUGCGCUGACCAUCAGCCCCCUUACUCGCAGAACCCCGUAGGUGGCGGCUACAACAGUCUAGUCCAGUCGGAGCCGCUGUCCUCUACAGCUAACACCUUUCAGCAAGCUUGCAGCCAGUAUCUGCAGGACGGCUUGUCCAACUUGAACGCAACCCAGUGCGCCCUGCAGAGACCAGCUUUUCCCCAAACCUCCUCUCAUCCGAUCUCUUAUGAACCGAGCACGAGUCAAGCGACUUCUCCCUACGGCUAUCAUCAUUUACCUCCUGCAGGCAGUAGCCAGCAUCACCCUGAAGCUUUUGAUACCGGGCCAUCGCUCAAUGCCUACUCUAACUCUCACCCUCCUUACUCGCAGAAUCUUGUGGGUGGUAGCUACAACACACUAGUCCAAUUGGAACCGGCGUCUUCUACAUCUAGCGUAUUUCAGCAAGCUUACAGCCAGUAUCCCCAGAGCGCCCCGCAGGGACCAGUGUUUCCCCCAACCUCCCUUUAUCCGAACCCUUCCAAUCCGAGCACAAGUCAAGUGGCUUCUGCCUAUGACUAUCGUGAUUUGCACCCUGCAGCUGGUAACUCUAACCAUCAGCCUUCUUACUUGCCGCAAGAUCCCGCAGGUGGCAGCUACAACCAUCUAGCACAGUCUGAGCCACUGCCUUCCACCCUUAGCACAUCUCAGCAAUCCGUGGGCGAGGUUCUUCAUGACGGCUCCUCCAACAUAGCCCAAAACGCUUCCAAUGUGUCAACUCUUUUCCCGACUGCCCUUGAUCCGAGUACGAGUCAAGCUCAAUCAAGUUGGUCGGCUUUGAGCGCCCCCAGCUCAACCAACCAAGAGCAACCCGGAUCUCAAGGUUAUAGUGCAAGGAUGGACAGGAGCAGACAGGCCCACCGGAAGCUCGAACGCAUCAAACGGGUAAUUUCUACCACCUCUCAGCCGUACCUUUCCUCAGCACAAAGGCGGGCUAUUCAAACGACCACACCUUUGCCAAUCGAAUCCUUAUUAGUUGAUAAGGUGAAGGCGGAGGCUUCAAGACUCAUGCACGUGUCUCUACUUCGGGAAACCCUGUAUCCGACCAAAGACAGAAUCGAUGAGUUAGCCGAUGCGGCGCUCGACGAUGCGAUUACUAGCCAUAGGAAUGACGACAACGCCACGGCCCUCUCGCAAUGGAAGUUGAGAACGGAAGGCCAAGGCACUCUUAUCCGGCUCAAAGGGAUCAUCAAACAGGUUCAUAAGGACUCCCAGGGCAAGAGUUGUGCUCGGGGGUUGGUGGCUGGAGCUUAUGAUCUACCCGUUAAGAUUUUGUUUAAGAACACGAACGAUAUUGCACAAUCGCGCAAAACGGAAGCGUCAGUAUUGCUGUUGGAUUAUGAUUUUCUUGAUACCAUCGUUCAGCGAGAACAUGGUGGGCAACUCCAGUCAUUUCGUGUCCCAUUCGGGAACCGUACUGUCACCAUCAUGACAGAGUACAUACUGAUCGAUCAGGGGUAUCGUCAAUAUAUACCCCUCAAGACACUCGAUGACUGGAAACCUGGGCUUCGAAAUAUCUUCGCCCUUUUUGCAGCAGCCUGUGAAUUGGAAAUACGGCAAUGCGUGGAGACCGGCUGGUUCAAACCUGUAGAUCUGUACGCUCAGGGAAGCAUGAUCUAUCAGAGAAUGACGGACCGGAUGGACUCAUUGGAAGGAACUGACCUAGAAGAAUUUCGCGGACUGUUAAACUUCAUGCAUCGUUUACUGUUAACAGCCCCAGCUGUUUGGAAAGAUCGCAUGAGAGAGCGCAAGCAUCUUGAAGAUUAUGCUCUCGCAUUCUCCAUGCACUUCGAUUCAUAUACUGUCUCUUCUGCUCUGCGAACUUGGUAUUGGCAGGUCUAUACAAUUUACCAAACCCGCCGUGCCUUCGCUGUUCAAUGCAACCUUGCUCGUGUGCAGUAUGAUGCGCUACUCAAGUGGCGCAUCCAGCUGAGGGCGAAGAUGAAGCUGCUGAGACAAGCUCGAUUCGUGGAGAACCUCAUUCUUCAGCGAAGGAUUUUGAAAGCUUGGAAGGUCAAGUUUGAGGAACGCCAAAGGCAGAAGAAACUUGAACACCUCGAGAUUCGUCGACUUCGCACUUUCAUGACAGCAUGGCACCAGAAACAUCAAAGAAUACGAUUCCGCCGGCUGGCAGCGCAGCAAAUAGAUGACCUCCGAAUAAAGCGGGAUGCUUUAAGACUCUGGACCAACCGUGUCAUUGAAAUCAAGUUGCAGGAACUGGAAGUCAGCCAGAAGAACACUCACACACUAACAGUCUUCGCCUUCAAGAAGUGGAAGAACAUAUGUUUGCGCCACGUUGAAGACCUGAGCCUCAUGGAGAGUCAUCUUGAUAUCAAACGGGCUGAGAGCGUUCGCCGAAUGUUUCAUCGCUGGCUGAUGGCGGCCCGUGCUCGACGUCACAAACGCGUUACUUUGCGUGAAAAGGAACUCGAAUUUGACCGGGCAAAUGUGCAGGUUGCUUGGAAUAGGUGGAGAGAACGGUACAUGGAUGAAAAACUUCGACCCCUUGUGAGUUCUGUGGCAUCCUCAACAAAUCAUACCUCCGUAACUCCGAAAACAAUAGCUACGCCAGAUAGCCAUUCAGAAUCAAAAGAAUCUUAUCUUCCGUAUGUUUGGUAUUUGGCAUUCGAAGACUCGGGCAUGUUUUCUUUCUUUCUAACAAUAACACAUAUGUCAACACCCGUUCAGUCUCUCCCAUCCAUCCGCUUCCAAGCCUCACGAACCAAGAUGAGGUAUUGGGCUAUCUGGAGAGCUUCUAUGCCGCAGGCACUUCUGGCUAAAAGAGCGCGAGAGACUCAUAACGAUGCCGUCCUGAAUCGAGUAUUCGAAAAGUGGCACCAAGCCUACAAAACGAAAACUCACUUGAAGGAAAUAGCCCGUGCUCGCUAUCUUCGUUUGCCGUCCGUUAGUCCCGGGCGAGCCAACCCGACGCCCAAGCCCCCGGCACACACGAGUCGCAGCCCAUUUCCUCGUCAAAAUACCCGUAUAGAGAGCGAAACAGAAGGCUCGGAAGUGGGUCCGAGCCGCCCUACUCGGUCUUCUGUUUUGAGUGCUAAGCCCUCAAGUCGGGGACUCCGUGAUCCCAGUCCGACGAGAUCGAACAAAACUUCCAUACCACCAUCCCAGGCACCAUCCUCACCUGUACGACCCAGGUUCACGGUGAGACGGGCCAUCAACCCUGCAAUGUCCAGAAGCUUUCGUGUUAGGGAAGUUAGUCCCACUAGGUCAAAUUACACUUCCACACCUAGGGAAGAGCCCGAGCGCAGUCGACUCUGGCAUGAGUUCAAACACACUGGCAUCAGUGCAUUCGAUGGAUAUCUGCGUAAAGAUGAUUGCUUCCAAGACGCCGCAAGGCAUGCACAAAGUCAUUGCGAGGUAUCCCACAUGAGCGAGGAUGAACGCAUACAAGGCUCACCCUUUGUGAACUUGCUACAGCUCGCCACCAUACGCCACCUCUCGAAUGUUCUCCAUUUAGCAACAAUGUCGGAUCACACAUUCCACACCAUGCACUACUCUGGGUACCUGCGAGAAAUCCGUGAGGCUGGGUCAUUUCUUGGCUGUUCUGCUAAUAGUUGGGAUCAGCCCAACUGUGCUUCGCGUUUCGUCGAUGGAUGGAAAUUGGAUGUCUAUAGAACCAUAACGAUGGAGAAACUUGCUCUGAUUCGAUUUUUUCUCGAACAGCAAAGGGGAUUCACAGCUGCACACCAGAAUUGGGAGCGAUCAUCUACAGACCUGCGCAAUCUUAUCAGCGUGUUGAAGUCGACUAGCGAUAAUAUACGCGACGUCGCAGAUAAAAUCUUACCGGCGAGGACUGGGCUUGUAAGGGCCCAUCUAAGACCAGUUGCCCCUUGCAAACCCAUAACAAAGCUUGGAUCUGUUGAAACUCGCGUGUUACCUGGUGCCCCAGGACCCGUGGCCUCGCAGCACUCCAACUCGGACUCAGAAAAUGAACGAAACGAUGUUCUAAUGGACUUGGAGGGCCCCGCUUUCAGAAAUACAUUCGAACUUGAACAUAAUAUCUUGGAGGAACCCGCGCUUCCCAGGAGACGGAUUCCGAGGCCUUUUCAAGUCGAUGAUAUUGAGCAUUUGGCCGAAGAUUUCAAUGACGUCAUCCUUGAUGAAGUCGGUGUCCCGUCACCUCCAAUCCGAUCCAGAAUUCAACGUAUCGUUUUAACACUAAGAGACACACUCCAAACUGCCUUCAACUCGUUUGGAAUCUGCCGCAUAUACCCUCGCCGUCCUUCCUUCGAGCCCAAUAAUUCUAUUGUGUCCUCAUUACUCGCUAAGUCGUGUCCGACAAUCGUUCAAGGACCUGAUUCCCAGGUCUUUCCGCCACCUUACCCGUUUUCAAAUAUGUCUGUCUAUCGUCUUAUGACCUGGAUGAGUUCAGGUAGCCACCGGAAAUCGGAGACUGAGGUCCAACGCCUCAUCAAAGAUGUUGUACAGGCAGACGACUUCGACGUCAAACAUUUUGAGGAGUUCUCGGUGAGGAGAAACUUACGAAAAUUGGAUAGGCAUGAGGGGGAAAAUUUUACUGUCCCAGAUGACUGGAUUGAGGCUGACGUCACUAUCGACAUCCCUAUGAAGUCAAGAGAGGAAGGACCUCAAAAAUAUACUGUUCCCGGGUUUCAUUAUCGUUCUCUCGUUGAAGUAAUCCGCGCUGCUUUUUCAGAUAUCCAGGCAGGCGCAUUCCACCUCAUGCCUUUCAAACGGCUUUGGAAGGAUCCAUUGGACGACCGUCAAGAACGAGUAUAUGAUGAACUCUAUGCCUCUGAUGCUUGGCUGCAAGCUCAGGACGAUUUGCAGAAACUGCCGAAGGAGCCUGGUUGUUCGUUAGAGCGCGUCAUAGCAGGUCUCAUGUUCUUUUCGGAUGCGACUCAUCUUGCGAACUUCAGAACUGCGAAGGCUUGGCCUCUGUAUCUGUAUUUCGGAAAUCUGACGAAGUACGUACGAUCAUCGCCCCGAUCUGGAGCAUGCCACCUAGUGGGAUUCUUACCUUUCAUGAGUCGUCUUGAUUGCCAGCUUCCAGACGGUGUCAAAGAUACGUUGAGCAAAUUGUCUCGUAUAUCAAAGACUGGCAUGGCCGCGCUUCAUACCCAUUGUCGCCGGGAAUUGUUUCAUGCGUGCUGGGAUAUCUUGCUCGAUGAAGAAUUCCUUCACGCAUAUCGCCACGGUAUCGUUCUGAAAUGUUCUGAUGGAAAUCAAUUUGUCAACAAGCUUGGAUCGUUCGGCUUAGACCCAUUCCGCAUGCUUGUCAUUGACUUCAUGCAUGAAUGCGAAUUGGGUACCUGGAAGGCUCUCUUCACACAUCUUAUCCGGCUACUUUAUGCGCUUCCGGGAGGUAAUCAGUUGGUUGCAACUCUCGAUAGCAGAUUUCGCCAGGUCCCCACAUUUGGGAAUGGUGUAAUCCGAAAAUUCGCGAACAAUACCUCCGAGAUGAAACGGUUAGCUGCGCGUGAUUUUGAAGACAUCUUACAGUGUUCUAUUGCGGUCUUUGAAGGGCUAUUCCCCGCCGAGCACGAUGCAGUCGUGCAGUCUCUGUUGUACCGAUUUGCACAAUGGCAUGCACUUGCCAAGCUCAGGAUUCAGUCAGAGUCCACCUUGACUUUUCUCGACGAAACAUUCAAGAGACUUUCCCAGAAAUUGCGCAGUUUUCAGCGCGACACGUGUGCCGCCUUCAAUACUAUAGAGUUACCGAGAGAGAAAGCGGCUCGGCAACGCAGGAUUGCUCAGCACUCCGAACUCAACACCACCUCUGCAGAAUCAAGCCAACCCAGGGUAAAGAAAUUCAAUCUCGGCACCUACAAGUUCCACGCGAUGGGCGAUUAUGUGAGAACUAUUAGAUUCUUCGGCACCACUGAUUCGUUCACAACUCAGAUGGGGGAGCUUGCACAUAGAGCUAUCAAGGCCUUCUAUCCGCUGACCAGCAAAUUAGAUACCCCAACACAGCUAGCUAAGCACGAGCGCAGGCGCCGUGUCCUUCAACGUGUGGCAGAAGCAGGAGGCAUAUUCUCUGCUGAUAGUCAAUCGUCCAUUGAUGCCUCCUCCUCGAUAUCCUCUGAUCAGCAUCACCAUAUCGCCAACAAUCGGAGCAACCCGGUCGAUAUAUUUGCAUUCCUUCGAGAACACCAUGAUGAUCCGGCCGUCAAGGUAGAAAACUUUGUACCCAAACUCAAGGAUCACAUCCUUUUCCGGCUGCGGAAACUAGAUAUUAGCUAUUGUGAUCACACGUUCACAAAUGAAGAACGCAACACGGUCAUCAUUCCAAACCACACAAUCUACUCACUCCAGACGAUGCAGGUACAUUAUACCACGUAUGACCUCAGGCACGAAUACGAUACUGUCAACCCUAGAACGCAUGCUGAUGUCAUGGUGCUGUCGGGGGAGACAACGCCCAGUCACCCAUACUGGUAUGCCCGCGUACUGGGUAUAUACCACGUAGAAACAUGGCUCACCGAUGUAAGUCAACCUGUCAAGCAACACCUCAACGUUCUCUGGGUCAGGUGGUUAGCACCACCACAGAACCAUGAAUCCGGCUUGAACCGAGCUCGUCUUCCCAAAGUUGCAUUUGUGGAGGAAUCGGACUCGGACGCAUUCGGAUUUCUCGAUCCGUCACAGGUGAUUCGAGGAGCUCACCUGAUUCCCGCCUUUGCAUCGGAACGUGGAACAAGCGCGCUUCGCUACAGGAAAUCAUUAGCGCGUCCUGAGGGAGAGCUGGAUGAUUGGGAGGAACAUUACGUGGGGAUAUUUGUUGAUCGCGAUAUGUUUAUGCGAUAUACCCACUUUGGUAUUGGGCAUCCAGUAAUGAUUCGCAGGAUAACUAGAGAUUGCCUUAGCUCAGAGCCACCAGCUGGCACCAUGGAUAUAGACGAUGAGGGGAUUAGUGAUGGUGAAGGUCUCGAAGAAUUUGAUGAUGAACAGGAGGAGAGUGAUCAUGCGUUUAGCGACGAGGAGUUGGGGGAUGGAAAUGAAGGAAGUGAUGAUGAUGAGUUUGACGACCUUUCUUUCUGA